GGCGCUGACUCGGCCCUUUCCGCCCCGCUCCCGCCCCGCGCCCGGGUCGCUGCGCUGAGACCCCGCGCCCCCGCCGCCCCCCGCCGCCGCCAUGAUCAUCUACCGGGACUGCAUCAGCCAGGAUGAGAUGUUCUCGGACAUCUACAAGAUCCGGGAGGUGGCGGACGGCCUGUGCCUGGAAGUGGAGGGGAAGAUGGUCACCAGGACAGAGGGUCAAAUUGAUGACUCUCUAAUUGGUGGCAAUGCCUCUGCUGAAGGUCCUGAGGGAGAUGGAACAGAAGCCACGGUCAUAACUGGUGUUGACAUAGUAAUUAACCACCACCUUCAGGAGACCAGCUUCACAAAAGAAUCCUACAAGAAGUACAUCAAGGAUUACAUGAAAGCAAUCAAAGCCAGACUUGAGGAGCACAAGCCAGAGAGAGUAAAGCCUUUCAUGACAGGGGCUGCAGAACAAAUAAAACACAUCCUUGCCAACUUCAAAAACUACCAGUUCUUUGUAGGAGAGAACAUGAAUCCAGAUGGAAUGGUGGCUCUCCUGGAUUUCCGUGAGGACGGUGUGACCCCAUAUAUGAUUUUCUUUAAGGACGGCUUAGAAAUUGAGAAAUGUUAACAAAUCAAACAGUAUGGUUUUGGAUCACUUGUCUUCAUAGCUGGCUGCUGUUUCUUCUUCAUCGGCACAACACCAGGAAUCAGCAAUGUCUAACAACUGGACUGAUGUCAUCUUGAGCUUUAUUCACUUAUUUUGACCCUGAUUUGGAGUGGAGGCAUUGUUUAAAAAAAAAAAAGAAAAAACAUCUAUCAUGUAGGUUGUCUAAAAUAAAACUCAUUUAAACCCA